UUCUCGAACAGAACCUGAACGCAACGCUGUCACAUGACGACAUCUAUCACACAUACGAGCUGUGAAUUUGAGAGAAAGACGACACUGCAAAAUGUCUGACAAACUUAUAAAACGAUUUCAACGCAGGACUGAUAAAAAGUCAGAAGAGAUGAAAGAGAAUGAGAGGAGGAAAUUGAUGGAGGAAAAGAAAAAGAAAGCGGGUGAAGCAUUGGUGAAGAAGGUGGCAAAGCUGGAUGUGGUUUUGGCUUCUAAGCUGAUUAACUGGAAGCAGGACAUGGAUGAGACUAAUGCCAGACUCCAGCAGAACAUCACCGAACUCCAGGCUUCCCUGAAGCUCUGUGAGGAACGGGAGAUGAAUAACAUCAGUUUUGAGGCUUCCAUGAAUCUCCUUGUGGAACGGAAGAUGACUAAAGGUCUGGAGAGAAAGAACUUGAGAGACAGAGUGCAACUGCAGAAACGUGUUGAUCAGCUCGAGGCCACGCUGGCUUCAGAGCGAGAGCAACAGGAGCAGGAAAAAGAGAAGAUAGAGGAGAACACUACUGCUCUCCUCCAGGACAUCAUUUGGUUUGAGACUUCCCUGAAUCUCCUUGAGGAACGGGAGAAGGCUAAAUAUCUGGAGAGAGAGAGCUUGCUGAGAGACAGAGAGCAACUGCAGAAACGUGUUGAUCAGCUCGAGGCCACGCUGGCUUCAGAGCGAGAGCAACAGGAGCAGGAAAAAGAGAAGAUAGAGGAGAAUACUACUGCUCUCCUCCAGGACGUCAGCAGGCUCGAGGAUUCCGUAAAGCUCUUUGAGGAACGGGAGAAGACUAAAGAUCUGGAGAGAGAGAGCUUGCUGAGAGACAGAGAGCAACUACAGAAAUGUGUCGAUCAGCUGGAGGCCACUUUGGCUUCAGAGCGAGAUCAACAGGAGCAGGAAAAAGAGAAGAUAGAGGAGAAUACUACUGCUCUCCUCCAGAACGUCACCAGGCUCGAGGAUUCCCUAAAGCUCUUUGAGGAACGGGAGAAGACUAAAGAUCUGGAGAGAGAGAGCUUGCUGAGAGACAGAGAGCAACUGCAGAAAUGUGUCGAUCAGCUGGAGGCCACUUUGGCUUCAGAGCGAGAUCAACAGGAGCAGGAAAAAGAGAAGAUAGAGGAGAAUACUACUGCUCUCCUCCAGAACGUCACCAGGCUCGAGGAUUCCCUAAAGCUCUUUGAGGAACGGGAGAAGACUAAAGAUCUGGAGAGAGAGAGCUUGCUGAGAGACAGAGAGCAACUGCAGAAAUGUGUUGAUCAGCUGGAGGCCACUUUGGCUUCAGAGCGAGAUCAACAGGAGCAGGAAAAAGAGAAGAUAGAGGAGAAUACUACUGCUCUCCUCCAGAACGUCACCAGGCUCGAGGAUUCCGUAAAGCUCUUUGAGGAACGGGAGAAGACUAAAGAUCUGGAGAGAGAGAGCUUGCUGAGAGACAGAGAGCAACUGCAGAAAUGUGUUGAUCAGCUGGAGGCCAGUUUGGCUUCAGAGCGAGAGCAACAGGAGCAGGAAAAAGAGAAGAUAGAGGAGAAUACUACUGCUCUCCUCCAGAACGUCACCAGGCUCGAGGAUUCCAUAAAGCUCUUUGAGGAACGGGAGAAGACUAAAGAUCUGGAGAGAGAGAGCUUGUUGAGAGACAGAGAGCAACUGCAGAAACGUGUCGAUCAGCUGGAGGCCACUUUGGCUUCAGAGCGAGAUCAACAGGAGCAGAAAAAAGAGAAGAUACAGGAGAAUACUACUGCUCUCCUCCAGAACGUCAGCAGGCUCGAGGAUUCCCUAAAGCUCUUUGAGGAACGGGAGGAGAUUGACGUACUGGAGAGAGAGAGCUUGCUGAGAGACCAAGAGCGACUGCAGAAAUGUGUUGAUCAGCUGGAGGCCACUCUGGCUUUGGAGCUAGAGCAACAGGAGCACGAAAAAGAGGAUACAGAGGAGCAUACUACUGCUCUCCUCCAGAACAUCACCUGGUUUGAGGCUUCCCUGGAUCUCCUUGAGGAACAGGAGAAGACUAUCGUACUGGAGAGAGAGAGCUUGCGGAGAGACCAAGAACAACAGAAGCAAGAAAAAGAGGAGAUAGAGGAGACCACUGCUGCUCUUCUUGAGAACAUCACCUGGUUCGAGGCUUCCCUGGAUCUCCUUGAGGAACAGAAGAAGACUAACAUACUGGAGAGAGAGAGCUUGCUGAGAGACCAAGAGCAACUACAGAAAUGUGCUGAUCAGCUGGAGGCCAUUGUGGAUUCAGAGCGAGAGCAACAGAAGCAGGAAAGAGAGGAGAUAGAGGAGACCACUGCUGCUCUCCUCCAGGAUAUCGCCUGGCUUGAGGAUUCCAUAAAGCUCUUUAAGGAACGGGAGAAGACUAAAGAUCUGGAGAGAGAGAGCUUGCUGAGAGACAGAGAGCAACUGCAGAAACGUGUCGAUCAGCUGGAGGCCACUUUGGCUUCAGAGCGAGAUCAACAGGAGCAGGAAAGAGAGGAGAUAGAGCAGACCACUGCUGCUCUCCUCCAGGAUAUCGCCUGGUUUGAGGCUUCCCUGGAUCUCCUUGAGGAACAGAAGAAGACUAACAUACUGGAGAGAGAGAGCUUGCUGAGAGACCAAGAGCAACUACAGAAAUGUGCUGAUCAGCUGGAGGCCAUUGUGGAUUCAGAGCGAGAGCAACAGAAGCAGGAAAGAGAGGAGAUAGAGCAGACCACUGCUGUUCUCCUCCAGAACAUCACCUGGAUCGAGGCUUCCUUGGAUCUCCUUGAGGAACGGGAGAAGACUAAUGUAAUGGAGAGAGAAAGCUUGCUGAGAGACCAAGAGCAACUACAGAAAUGUGCUGAUCAGCUGGAGGCCACUGUGGAUUCAGAGCGAGAGCAACAGAAGCAGGAAAGAGAGGAGAUAGAGCAGACCACUGCUGCUCUCCUCCAGGAUAUCGCCUGGUUCGAGGCUUCCCUGGAUCUCCUUGAGGAACGGGAGAAGUCUAACACACUGGAGAGAGAGAGCUUGCUGAGAGACCAAGAGCAACUACAGAAAUGUGCUGAUCAGCUGGAGGCCAUUGUGGAUUCAGAGCGAGAGCAACAGAAGCAGGAAAGAGAGGAGAUAGAGGAGACCACUGCUGCUCUCCUCCAGGAUAUCACCUGGCUUGAGGAUUCCAUAAAGCUCUUUAAGGAACGGGAGAAGACUAAAGAUCUGGAGAGAGAGAGCUUGCUGAGAGACAGAGAGCAACUGCAGAAACGUGUCGAUCAGCUGGAGGCCACUUUGGCUUCAGAGCAAGAUCAACAGGAGCAGGAAAGAGAGAAGAUAGAGGAGAAUACUACUGCUCUCCUCCAGAACAUCACCAGGCUCGAGGAUUCCGUAAAGCUCUUUGAGGAACGGGAGAAGAUUAACGUACUGGAGAGAGAGAGCUUGCUGAGAGACCAAGAGCAACUACAGAAAUGUGCUGAUCAGCUGGAGGCCAUUGUGGAUUCAGAGCGAGAGCAACAGAAGCAGGAAAGAGAGGAGAUAGAGGAGACCACUGCUGUUCUCCUCCAGAACAUCACCUGGAUCGAGGCUUCCUUGGAUCUCCUUGAGGAACGGGAGAAGACUAAUGUAAUGGAGAGAGAAAGCUUGCUGAGAGACCAAGAGCAACUACAGAAAUGUGCUGAUCAGCUGGAGGCCACUGUGGAUUCAGAGCGAGAGCAACAGAAGCAGGAAAGAGAGGAGAUAGAGCAGACCACUGCUGCUCUCCUCCAGGAUAUCGCCUGGUUCGAGGCUUCCCUGGAUCUCCUUGAGGAACGGGAGAAGUCUAACAUACUGGAGAGAGAGAGCUUGCUGAGAGACCAAGAGCAACUACAGAAAUGUGCUGAUCAGCUGGAGGCCAUUGUGGAUUCAGAGCGAGAGCAACAGAAGCAGGAAAGAGAGGAGAUAGAGGAGACCACUGCUGCUCUCCUCCAGGAUAUCGCCUGGCUUGAGGAUUCCAUAAAGCUCUUUAAGGAACGGGAGAAGACUAAAGAUCUGGAGAGAGAGAGCUUGCUGAGAGACCAAGAGCAACUACAGAAAUGUGCUGAUCAGCUGGAGGCCACUGUGGAUUCGGAGCGUGAGCAACAGAAGCAGGAAAGAGAGGAGAUAGAGAAGACCACUGCUGCUCUCCUCCAGGAUAUCGCCUGGUUCGAGGCUUCCCUGGAUCUCCUUGAGGAACAGGAAGAGACUAAUGUAAUGGAGAGAGAGAGCUUGCUGAGAGACCAAGAGGAACUGCAGAAAUUUAUUGAACAGCUGGAGGCUGCACUGACUUCGGAGUGA